CAAUACGAUACUUACCCUCAUCACCUCUCUCUCUCUCUCUCUCUCUCUCUCUCUCUCUCUCUCAAUUCCAAUCAUCACCAAUCCUCCAUUUUUCCAUUUCUACUUUCUUUAAUCUCCACUAAUAUGGCAACUGAAGAGGUUAAGAAGGUGGAGGUUGAACCCGAGUGCCCGGCGGAGCCACCACCUGCCGCCGAGGUGGAGGAGAAAGCUAUCGUCCCAGUUGAACCUCCUCUUACCGAAGAAAAGCCCGUCGAUGAUACCAAAGCCCUUGCCAUCGUUGAAAAGCCUAUCGAGGAUAAAUCGGAAGAGGGUUCUGUCCAUAGAGAUGCUGUUCUUGCUAGAGUUUCAACAGAGAAGAAAGACGCACUAAUCAGAGCAUGGGAAGAAAGCGAGAAAUCAAAAGCAGAGAACAAAGCUCAACAAAAGCUAUCUUCGAUUGGAGCAUGGGAGAACAGCAAGAAAGCAGACUUAGAAGCUGAACUGAAGAAGAUUGAGGAGAAUUUGGAGAAGAAGAAGUCUAAGUAUAUCGAGAAGAUGAAGAACCAGAUAGCUCUUCUUCAUAAGAAAGCAGAAGAGAAAAGGGCGAUGACGGAAGCCAAAAGAGGAGAAGCUCUUUUGAAAGCAGAGGAGACGGCGGCUAAGUGCAGAGCCACCGGAGAAACCCCAAAGAAAGGGUGGUUUUCGAGCUAGAUGUUCAUGUUUCUCAUCGGAAUUCAGGUAUGCUGGAUUUGUAAAGUGGCAUUUUCGGGGUUUCUUUUCAUCUUUUGUUUUAUGUUUUUGUUUUUUUAGAUGUGUGGUUAUGUGAUUUAUGUGGCGAAAUAUUUGUUUAAUGCUUCAUUAUUUGGUGUGUAUAGUAAUGCAAUUAUGUGUAUAUAAACCAUUUGUAAAAAAAAAACAAGUUUGAAUGUGAUUGUUUUAUGUUUUAGUUAAA